UCGUGACCGAAGGCAGAGCGUUGCGCAGUCCGGGUGCCCGGCAACCCCUCCCAUGUUCUCCGCUUGCUUGUUUCUCUCGCUCCCUCUCCGAGCUGCUCCACAGGUUGCGCUUCGUGUCACUGAACUGAAUCGUAAGCAUUGCAGGCCACCCACUACAUGUAUGAAUGAUGCCGUCGGUGUAACGAAGCUACGUCGAUUUAUAGGACCGUGCUCCGUGCAUAGGAGGGCGAGCUAAUCGCAGUGCACGGUGACCAUCCCCAUCCCCUUCCCCUUGCACUGACGUCGUUCCUUGCUCCCUGUUCGCGCUACGCCUACCGCGAGCUGCAAAAAAGAGAUAGGGACGCUGGGGUAGAUCGCGGCUUCAGCUCCGCCCGUAGCGGAGAGCUGCCGGUGGUUGGCGAGUCGUGUGCUAUUUAUUAGUAUUUUUUUGUUUGGUUGAUUGACAAGAAAARAAGAGAGCGGGUAGGUAUGGGUUUGGGAGACGCUAACGGCGUGCAGGUGCGGGGCUGCAAGUACGACCACCAUGGGUUGGCGUUCGCUACGCGCGCUCUCCAUUUCCAGGACGAGAACGAUCCGUACGGUGCGAAAAACGCCCCCAUUUACCUGACGGCCACUUUCAAGCUUCCCUCCGUGACGAAGGCUGGCUCGUUUCUGUAUUCGCGGUUCGACAACCCGACGAGAUCGACGCUGGAGAAGCACAUUGCUCGGCUUCACGACGCGGACCGCGCGUUUUGCUUCUCGACGGGAAUGGCGGCKCUGACGACGGUGAUGCAGAUGGUGGAGGUCGGCGACGAGAUCGUGGCGGAUGACGACAUCUACGGCGGGACCGACAGGCUGCUGACCAGCCUCGUCACCCGGUGGGGCGUGACGGUGAAGCGCGCCAACACCAGCAAUCUGGACGAGAUCCGCGGGGCCGUGACGCCGAAGACGAAGCUCGUGUUCCUGGAGAUCGCGACGAACCCUCUCUUGCAGAUCACGGACAUCGCCGCCAUCGCCGAGAUCGCGCACCGGAGCGGCGCGCUGGUCGUGGUGGACAACAGCAUCAUGUCGUCGGCGCUCUCGCGGCCGCUGGAUCACGGCGCGGACAUCGUGAUGGAGUCGCUGACGAAGUUCAUGUCUGGGCACAGCGACGUGAUGGGCGGCUUCCUGGCGGUCAGGGGCGAGCAGCUCGCCAAGGACAUCCACUUCCUCCAGUCCGCGGAGGGCGCGUGYCUGAGCCCGYUCGACAGCUUCCUGRUCCUGAGGGGCAUGCAGACAUUGUCUUUGCGAGUGGAGAAGGCUCAGGAGAACGCGCAGGUCAUCGCGGAGUGGCUGGCGAAGCACCCGCUGGUGAAGAAGGUGCUCUACCUGGGGCUGCCCGGCUUCCCCGACCGGGAGCUGCACUUCAAGCAGUGCUCCGGCGCGGGAUCGGUGCUGUGCUUCGUCACGGGAGACGUGGAGCUGUCCAAGCUGGUGGCGGACGGCGUCGAGGUGUUCCAGAAGACGGUGAGCUUCGGCAGCGUGGGGUCGCUGAUCAGCCUGCCGUGCUUCAUGUCGCACGCUGCGGUUCCCAAGGCCAUCCGCGAGUCCCGGGGCCUUCCGGACGAUCUGGUUCGGCUGGGYGUGGGAAUAGAGUGYGUGGGCGAUCUGAUCAACGACUUGGAUCACGCGUUCAAGAAGGCCAUGGCGAAGCUUGGAGGGCAGGCGCAACCCAAGUUCGAGCCCAUCCCCUCGGGCACGUUCGUCUACAAGCCCCGAUUCCAGUAGAUCGUCCUCAUCCCCCCGCGGCUGAGAGGUUAGAAAGCGCUAUGAUUACGGAUGGAAGGGUUUUCCCGCGGCACGGGGGCCGCCUGCUCCGUCAAAUCGUCGGCAGCUUCGGAGAAUGGAUUCACGCGCCACGUGUCAGCUUACGGCGUAACUUAGCGGCCCCUCUUUUCUCUUUGACGGGCGGAAGGAGUUCAGAGGAGCUGYGGUGUGGUGCCGAACGCUUUUUUUUUUUUUUUUUUUUUUUCCUCCUACUUCAAAUGUUUGUAAGAGCGACAGCUGUAAGGCCUGCCUUGUCGUUAAGGCUGGCCGUGGUAAAUUUCCUUCACGGCGAUCAGGACAUAGGUCUGGUGGCUGUGGCUUUGGCUUUGGAGCGUACGUUUCCUCUCCCUCCCGGGCGAGUGGCCUCGCGCUAGAGUGCGAGCRAACUGUCUGCGGGUUUUUGUUUCGCUCCCGCCUCCCGUUUUUCAGUAGCGGCCCUGCUCAGUGAUAGAAGGUAGAAAGCUUUAGCUGUGCACACUGCCUAGUGAGGGAAACCAUUGAUUAAAGGUAGAAAGCUUUAGCUGUGUAGAAAGCUUCAGCUGUGCAUAGCGAGGGAAACCAUAGAUUACAGGUAGAAAGCUUUAGCUGUGCAUAGCGAGGGAAACCAUUGAUUACGCUUCGUUUGGAUCAGUGAGAUGUGUGAGAUAGCCUGCGAAGCGAAGCAGUCCCUUUACGUUCCCGCUUUUUUUCUCGCCGUAUUCAAGCUGAGUUGGCUUUGGCUUGCGCGCUCGUAACGAGUUCUGAUUAGAUAGGUGUUUCUUUCAUGAUGGUGCAACCGCACAAGGGUUGUACUGCCAAUUUAUCGACGUAGCUUAGCAGCUACUACCUCAUUUCCCCCCCAACAGAACUCCUUAUCAUGAUGGAUGUGUGCAUGCUCCAUCCCACCAUGGGUAAACACAGUCGUGAUAACGUGUCGGGGAGUUAACUGUUAUGAUCGGGGGUCCGCGGGAACAAUACUGUAAGUAAGGUAGGGUGUCCACAGGGGAGUAUCGCAGAAUAGGUGGUGUUAAGGGGCAUCAUGAUGGGGGAAGAGGUUGGAAAACCCCGCGUGAAACAGGACGGGUUUUCCCGAAUAAGAAGAUCGUCAUGAUGAGACCGGAGGAGGAGGAACGAGGCAGGGGGCUCCUACCGACGAUCGACUUCUGCGGAAGCUGAUGAUGUGCUUCAGACAUUUUCUGGACUUCCAUCAUGUCCUCUCCAGAAACCAAGAAAUGUCUCGAACAUGUUUUUUUCAGUUUGCCUGUCACUUGAGAAAGUUGAGAUUUCUCCACGCUUUGCUAUCCCCGAGAUCGCGUAGCAUUUUUCUCCUUCACAAGUGAUAUGCAUAUUGCUCUUUCCGACAACUUGAAGUUGGCAUCAACCUGUUUUUUUGGGGGGGUGGGGGGUGGAUUUAUGGUGCUGUCACGGUUUCAGUUUGAGAAAUAAAGUCUCAGGGGCUCG